AUGACCACCUACUACUUCCCGUUUGCACAGAUUCAAAAUGCUCGUAACCAAGUGUUGAUGGAGUGCAGAGACCUGAUCCUGUGUAUUGCCAACUACGUCGAGACCACCUACCGUAACCACGGACACGUCACAAAAGUUCCCCAAUGGACAGUGGUCAUGAUCGAUGAGUUGCUCCCAAGAAUGAACAAUAUCGGCAUCCCGUUCACUUCGCUGAAUAUCAUCAUUCCAGCGUACUUCACUGCCUGCGUCCGUAUCCAUAAUCCAUCUGCCGCCAGAGACGUCUUCUACUUCCCGCAACCAGCAACCAACGAUACUCCUCUUCCAUUGUUGUAA